UUUAAGCUAAACAUAAAUUUUUAGUAAUCAAAUUCAAAAGCUCGAAUCUCUGGUCUUCUCUUCUGUUCUGUGCACUUUCGGACUCGCACCCGAUUGCGAGCUUUGGGUCCGAACUGUUGUUUUCUGAAACAACACCAAGUACUACUGCCACACGAUGGAUGAUUAUCAAGAAAUGGAGAAGUUCGGUAUGGAGAACGAUUACGAGGACGGACAAUGGAUCAAUGGCGAGUUCUACUACCGGAAGCGCAAGGAUAAGCGUUCUCAAACCAAGGAUGAUGUUCUCUAUGGCGUUUUUGCGGACUCGGCCUCCGAUUCCGAUGACUACUCGUCCUCCAAAAAGCGUCGCAAAAAUCGCGAUCUUCACAAGAAACCCGACCUCACAAAGCCUGUCAGUUUCAUCUCCACCGGUACCGUCAUGCCCACCCAAGAGAUUGAAGAAAAUUCGAAGGAAGAUAUCGCCGACGAUAGGCCCGGUCUUGGCCUCGGGUUCAACUCCGGGUCGGGUCUAGGGUUUGGUUCGGGGACUAAUGGAGUUAGCCGGAACGAAGAGGAGGAGGCGGAGGUGGAGGAGGAGGAGUUUUUGCCGACGGCGUUUGGGAAGAGGAUUAAGGAAGGGGCGAUGAGGAGAGAGAAGGAGAGGGCUGAGAAGGUGAAAUUGGAUAAGGGGAAGAGAGCGAAAGAUGAAGGUUUUGUGAGUGGUACUGGUAAUUCUGUUGGUGGGUUUGAGAAGCACACGAAAGGGAUUGGUAUGAAAUUGUUGGAGAAAAUGGGGUACAAAGGUGGUGGGCUUGGGAAGAAUGCGCAAGGGAUUGUGGCCCCCAUUGAGGCGAAAUUGCGGCCGAAGAAAAUGGGCAUGGGGUUUAAUGAUUACAAGGAGGCGGAGAAGUUUGCGGCUCCGGUGGGAAUGAAGGAGUUGGAGGUGGAUAAGAAGAAGGGUUUGUUGGGGAGUGAGAGUGCGGGGAAAGGGAAAGGGAAGCGGUGGUUGAAGCAGGCUAGGAAGAGGAAGGAGGAGGAUGAGGAGUUUCUUACUGCGGAUGAGUUGUUGGCGAGAAAGGCGGAGCAAGGGGAGAAGGUUGAGGUUGUUCAGAAAGUGUAUGAUAUGAGGGGACCGCAGGUCCGGGUGUUGACGAAUUUGGAGAAUUUGAAUGCUGAGGAGAAGGCGAGGGAGGAUGAUGUUCCAAUGCCGGAGCUUCAGUACAAUGUGAAGCUUAUUGUGGACUUGGCAGAGCUUGAAAUAGAGAAGAUUGAUAGGGAUUUGAGGAAUGAGGAGGCCACGGCAGAGCGAUUGAAGGCGGAUAAGGAGAGGUUGUUAGUUGAGGCUGAGAGGCAGAAGAAGCAGUUGUAUAGUAUGGGAGAGAUAAUGAGUGUGUUGGAUCAAUUGGGGGAAGAGGAUUCGGCGGGGAAGUUGACAUUGGAUUCACUUGCGGAGCGUUUCAGUGCGUUGAGGAGUAAAUUUGCUGAGGAUUACAAGUUGUGUAACUUGUCCUGCAUUGCCUGCUCGUAUGCUCUGCCUUUGUUUAUUAGAGUGUUUCAGGGAUGGGAUCCUCUUCAGAAUCCCUUUCACGGGUUAGAGGCUGUAUCUUUGUGGAAGAGUGUACUUGAGGGUGAAGAAUGUCAUGAUAUCUGGGAUACUGCUUCGCCUUAUUCCCAAUUGAUAUCCGAGGUUGUGUUACCGGCCGUUAGAAUUUCUGGUGUCAACACUUGGCAGGCUAGGGACCCGGAACCAAUGCUUCGGUUUAUGGAUUCUUGGGAAAAGUUGUUACCUCCAUCAGUUCUCCAUUUUAUUUUGGAUAACAUUGUAAUGCCUAAAUUGACUGCUGCAGUGGGCUCUUGGGAACCAUUACGGGAAACUGUUCCAAUCCAUGUUUGGGUGCAUCCAUGGUUACCGUAUUUGGGACACAAAUUGGAGGGUAUUUAUCAAACGAUACGUGUUAAGUUGAGUCAAAUUCUUGGUGCUUGGCAUCCAAGUGAUGUGUCUGCAUAUACCAUAUUGUCACCUUGGAAGACCGUGUUUGAUUCAGCGAGUUGGGAACAGCUUAUGCGUAGAUUUAUAGUUCCUAAGUUGCAGCUUGUUCUGCAAGAGUUUCAAGUAAACCCCGCAAAUCAGAAGCUUGAUGAGUUUUAUUGGGUUAUGAAGUGGGCUUCUGAUGUACCAAUUCAUCUUAUGGUUGAUAUGAUGGAGAGGUUCUUCUUUUCCAAGUGGCUACAGGUCUUGUAUCAUUGGUUACAAGCAAGCCCAAACUUUGAGGAGAUAACAAAAUGGUAUUUGGGUUGGAAAGAACUUCUUCCGAAGGAACUUCUUGCAAAUGAAAGUAUCCGGUAUCAGCUUAAUCGUGGUCUUGAGAUGAUGAACCAGACUGUUGAAGGUUUGGAGGUGGUCCAACCUGGUUUGAAAGAGAACAUUAGCUAUUUUAGGGUACUUGAGCAAAGACAGUUUGAGGCUCAGCAGAAAGCAGCAGCACAACAAGCUGCUGCGAGUUUCAGUGGUGCAACCUAUGUGGAUGAUACGAGUGGUGCUGAGAUGAGCUUGAAAGAAGUUAUUGAAGCCCAUGCCCAACAACAUGGCUUACUAUUUAAGCCCAAGGUGGGAAGGAUGCACAAUGGGCACCAGAUAUAUGGAUUUGGGAACGUCAGCAUUAUUGUUGAUCACUUAAAUCAAAAGUUGUAUGCUCAAACUGAGGAAGGGUGGUCCCUUGUAUCCUUUCAAGACUUACUGGAUAAGCAGCAUGGUUCUCUUUCAAAGAGACGAUGAACUCUGUGUUGAGAUGGAGCAGUGUUUCUGGUUUUAAGAGUGUAUUCAUUAGGCAUAGAUUCAGAUUCUGAAGUCACAGGUUAGCUUGUCCUAAUUGUUCCAGCCUGUCAUGACUGGAAUUUUUGUUGUAAGAAUUGAUAUCGAAAUUUAAUUUUCCUUGACAUUAA